CUAAACUAUCUAUUUAUGUGAUAAUUAUUCAAAUUAGAUCUAACUACCCUAGCUUUCCUGAUGUACUACGGCUACGCGCGAGAUCCGCGAGGAGCUCUAAGCUUGACCACAGGGUAAAGGCACUGAGCAGGGAUUCUGGACCUACUUGCCAUAACAAUCAAGAACUUGCGUUAGUACCUGCAACUUCCAAGCAAUUGGUAUCCAUGGUGUCUCGCGGAGAACUUGUACUUGUCACCGUGUGGCACGCUCGCAUCCAACUGCAACCAGCACAACAUCGCGAGUACCUCCCAUGUUACACUUACGCUGGCGACGAUUACCCAUGGGAAUUUCCUGUCGAUCUCACCCAUGAAGCCGUCGCGAUGACUCUCCACGAGAGUAUGCAUUUUGCUCUGAACGCAUCUGAUACAGAAUCUCAACUGGAGUGGGAGAGCCUCCCAAGCUGGCCGAAAAUAAUUGGUCGCACCCAUCUAGGACCAGAGAACCGAGUUUUCCUUCACUGUUUAUGGAUGCUGCAGAAAGCUCUCCUCGACUACAACCGUGAUCAACCCAAGGUCUCAUAUCAUCACACACAUCACUGUCUCAAUUAUCUUCGGCAGACUCUUAUGUGUGAUCCUGCACACACGCUGGAGAUGGGAGACUUUCUGAGCAUCGAUUACGAGAAGGACAGAAUCGGGGACACAUUAGUAUGCAGAGACUGGGGCAAGGCAAUUUCUGUACUUGGAGAGUACCACGAGAAGUGGUUGCAGUGGAGAGUGCAUUGGGACUAAACUGACACUACUUCGUAAGCUUCAAUCUGUUUUCGCUGAGCGCAUCUGCGGAACUAUGUAUUAUUUUACUGAGUGAUUCAAUAGUCGUACUAGGUUUUACAUCAGCCAGAUCUACCUGUCGUUUUCUCCAGUUUCUACUUUCAUUCAUUCUCGAUCUUCCCUCGUUCUCUUGCCUACCUGGACACCUAACAUCGCCUCUGACGCCCGUGGCUUCGACGGCGAGAUAUUACAACGUGGUUACGACACUCACCAACAAACAAAUGACUCAAAAGACUUUUGCGACAUUCUCUGCUGUAAGACUGAAAACACACUGAAACGAUACUGGUCUGAUGACUACCCAAGAAAAUACUCGGCCCAACGCUCAGCACGCAUUCGGCAGUUCUGAGCAAUUC